GACGUCAUCCCUCUGUGUCCGGCUUUGAGGAAGUAAUCGGGUAUAGCCGUAUGCUAGCUACUAGCAUUGAAAGGGUUCAUCGUCAAAUAUGCUCUGAUUCCACAUCUGAUCGGAUCGCAAGAUGGCAGUGUGUGCACUGACCAUGCUGGACGGGAUGGGAGGUGAUGCCACAGUGGUAGGCGGUGCCUUCCUGGUGGCCCUGGCGCUAGUCCUUGCGUGGCUCUCAACACACGUAGCUGAGCGCGGCGACCAUAUCCUGGGCACCAUCCUGACAGCGGGCACGCACGCCUCCCUCAUCAGUGUGGGAGGGGACACGGGCAGUAACACCCAGGCGGAUGCCCCCGAACAGACAGUUGCCAGCCCACCGGCGCUUGAGAAUAAGCCGGAUGACGGCGAGGCUGACGAAGGGGCACCACCUGAGGAUGCAGAGUUGCUGCUAGACAUUCAGAGCAAGGCGCCACAGGGGGGAAACAUUCACGCUUCGGAUGACGAGGAGGAUGAAGAUUACGAUGAGGAGCUAGAGGAGGGAUGUAAAAAAGACAUGGGCACAUCCAUCACUCCAUCCUUUUGUGUACGACUCAAGUUUUUAAACGACACAGAGGAAGUGGCAGUCGUCAAGCCUCACCACACUGUAGACCAACUCAAAAGUAAGUACUUCUCUGGGCGUGAGCAUCAGAUCAAGCUGAUCUACCAAGGCCAACUCCUGCAGGACUCCAAGAGGACUCUUCUUUCCCUCAACGUGACUCACAACAGCGUCAUUCACUGUCACGUCUCGCAGGCUCCGAAUGACCCAAGCCCAGAGGCGGGAGACUCGGGUUCCCUCCAGGGAGCGGCAGCAGUCUCUGGUGGCCUACGGCCGGCGGGCGUGGUCCUCAGCACGAGCAGCCUGGUGGUACCAGUGUUCGUGGUGAUCCUGGCUGUGGUGUGGUACUUCCGCAUCAACUACCGCCAGUUCUUCACCGCACCCGCCACUAUCUCACUGGUCGGCGUCACCGUGUUCUUUAGCUUCCUCAUCUUUGGCAUGCACAGCCGCUGAAGAAACUCAUUAGCAAACACAAGCAACUUCCGCCAAAGCCCUGAAAGUCCCAUAUUUGGAUUGUCCAUAUGCUGAAAACCAAAGAGGAAAAAACAAAACAAACAAGUAGGAUUCUGCAUUUGAUGUCGGCAAGACAUCACCAAAAGCCAGUCUGCCGGGUUUUGGCUAAUCGGGCUAACCAACAAAUGUCUACGAUGAACAUAUUUCCUUGGUGGGAGGUUAAAUUGACAAGGCGGGAAAAAAAAAAAAGAAAAGAAAUCGACCUAUGAAAUUUGUAAUUGUUCAUUAAUUUGAGCUAUUUUUUUGAGGCAGUUUUUUCCCCCGUCAAUGAUUUAAAGGUUAAUUUUUAUUCUGAGGAGUUUAGAAAUUAAAGGUCAAAAUACUUGAAUGUGUAAGUAGAUCAGGCCUGUGUAAGUAGAUCAGGCAAGGUGUAUUUUGUGUACAAUGUGUAUUUAGUGUAAAUAAAAUGAAUGAAUGAACGAAACAUUAAUCUGGCACUUAUGGGAAAAAAUGAUUUGGAGUCUGACAUCUCCAAUUAAAAGCUUUGGAAAACCCUUCUUUUUCUUUAUUCACAGACAUCAGUAAAGCAAGACAGUUUUUUAAAACAUUUGUAGAUACUUAGAGCUGACAUAUUCCCUUGGUAGGGAGGUUAAAUUUACAAGUGGAAAAUAAAAAAAUCGACCUAAGAAAUUUGUAAUUGUUGAGCUUUUUGAGGCAGUUUUUUCCUGUCAGUGAUUUAAAGGUUAAUUUUUAUCUUCUGAGGAGAGUAGAAAUUUAAAGGUCAAAAUACCUGAACUUGAAGGUAGAUCAGGCCUGGUGUAUUUUGUGUACAAUGUUGUGUAUUUAGUGUAAAUAAAACGAAUGAAACAUUAAUCUGGCACUUAUACGAAAAAUGAUUUGAAGUCUGACAUCUCCAAUUAAAAGCUUUGGAAAACCCAUUCUUUUUGUUUAUUUACAAAUACCAGUAAAGCAGCACAGUGCUUUUCUUUUUUAAAAUUUGUAGAUAUUUAGAGCUGACCUCACCAGGAAAAAAAAACACUUUACAAAACCACACGGGACUAUAAAAAUACACAUUUAAAUUUCAAAUAUGUUAGCUUACCUUGUCGAUCACCACCACCACUGAGUUAUAAAUGUGCAAAUACAAUGUGUGUCAAUAUUUAACACAAAAUUAUGACGCCAUGUCAAAUUGACAUUUGGAUCGUUACAUCAAAUAAUCAGGUCAAUCAUGACAAAACAAAAUAUAGGUCCCAAGUGUACAAAAGUAGCUUUUUACUGCAAAUCGUGGCUAGCGACAACAUAUUGUGGCGAAUCCACAUCAGUCUUUUGGGGUACGUGGUGCCACUAUUUGAGGAAAUACUGUAUACACAAUUCGCACUUCACCUGAAAUAGACACAGCAGUAGAGAAACCAAAGGAAUGUGUGUGCACCUGAAUGCAUCUUCCUGACAGACAAUCCUGUCAAGUUGACUUGGAGCCAAGGGCGAAUGUCCUCUAGUGCUGGUUUAAGUCGUCAUAGAUACUGGAAAUGGAAGGAGCGGGAAGUUUAGGACGUUUUUUCUUGGUGGGCAAGUUAACACUACUCUGCGAGAUGCCGCCAUUGCUGCCACUUGUUAGAUUCCCGCUUGUUCCUUCGCCGCCUCCAGCCGAGUGGUUCAAGGCAAGUGAGGUUCGCUUCUUUUUCUUGGGCCUGCGAGGGUCUGAAUGGUUGGUGCCUGGAAGGUGAAAUGGGAGGAAAGUGUGUGUGUGUAAGGUCAUAUCAGUAGUUAUAAGGAGU